AUGUAUCACCUGGCGGUCAUCGGUUCUAUCUUGUCUUUAGCCAUCCCAACACUAGGCCUCUGCCGCUGUCGACCACAUGAGAGUUGCUGGUCCUCAUUUCAGGAUUGGUUGGCCUUGAACAAUUCAAUUCAAGGCCAGCUUGUCUCGGUCCGUCCCGUUGCCGCUAAAUGCAGCAACGUCUCCGCAUCAUGGCCAGACCCAUUCUGGCGCGCGGCGGAACCAAGCGCCGUGCAGUGGGAGAACUGGGAAGCUUGGCCAGAGAGAAAUCAGACCUGUUACAUUGAAGACCGCCAGAACACAACUUGCGGACAAGGCCGCGUCUCACUUUACCCUGCAAAGGUGGAAUCGACAUCUCAGAUCCAAGAAACAGUUGCGUUUGUGAAAAGACACAACCUAAGGCUGGUUAUCAAAAAUUCGGGCCAUGAUUUUUUAGGCCGCCCCUCGGCUCCUGAAUCUCUGCAGAUUUCUACUCAUGCGACGAAAGAUAUUGAAAAUUUCGACAAAUUUAUGCCAACGGGUGCACCUAAGGAUGGAGUCGGAGAAGGACCGGCCAUCACGAUCGCUGCCGGUGUGAGCAUAACAGAGCUUUAUGCAGCGGUGUCUAGACAUAAUCGCUCAGUCAUCGCGGGAGCAUCGGGCAGCAUUGGCGCUGGCGGAGGCUACUUCCAAGGGGGAGGCCAUUCAGUCUUUGGUGUCUGGCGAGGAUUGGCUUCGGAUAAUGCGCUGGAAUCCCGGGUCGUCCUCGCUGAAGCAAGUCAUCAAGCUGGCCAUCUCGUUUACGCAAAUACGUUCCAAAAUACAGACUUAUUCUGGGCGCUGCGAGGCGGAGGUGGAGGUUCAUUCGGAAUAGUCACCAGCGUCACAUUGCGCACACAUCCCGAGGUCCCUGUUGUGGUGACAAAUCUUAACAUCACGACUGCUGGCGGGGAUCCCCAUUUCUGGAAAGCUUCACCGACACUGAAUGAUGCUGGCGGCGGUGGUUACUAUCUCGCCGCGCCAGAUUACCCUUUGAAUGAGACCGUCAAUGUUUCUGUGAUGUCGAGUGUGUUGAUCUUUGCAAAUGCUACGAACACCACCCAUAUAGACAGCUUCUAUAAUCCGCUACAGUCUAAGUUGAGCCAAGUUACCGGAACUACGGCCAAUUAG